AUGCUCUAUUACUUACUUCUUCAAAUGUCUUCCAUUUUCAACUCCAAAAACUUCAUAUUCUAUCUCCUCUGGCCUUCUCUAACUCUUGGAACUAUUCGAGCUACUGUUGUCUUUUUGAUUACUUUGGAUCGAGUUAUUGCUGCUUACAUUCCAGUUUUCUAUCACAACUAUCGCUCGGGGAUACCCAUUAUUGCAGUUUUUGCAACUAUUAUCUGCUAUAUCGUUUUUGAACAAUACGUUCUUUUUGGUUUCUGUGGAUAUGUCAUUGAUGUUCCAUUGACUUGUGACAAUCUGAAGUGUGCUAUCAGUCAAUGUUAUUAUGAAUACUGGUUAUGGUAUGAACAGAUUAUGUAUGUUUUGAUUGGAAUUCUCACUAUAUCUUUGGUUUUCCGAUUAUUUGUUUGGAAUUAUUGUAAUGGAGUUUCUACAAGUCACGUGGUUACAAGAGUGAAUAACUGCUCCUGA